AUGGCGGCCGGCGGCCUGCUGGGGGCCGGCCUGGCCCGGGUGCUCUUCUACCCGACGCUGCUGUACACGCUGCUCCGCGGGAAGAUCCCCGGCCGCGCGCGCCGCGCCUGGUACCACCGCAUCGACCGCACGGUGCUGCUGGGCGCGCUGCCGCUGCGGAGCCUGACGCGCCGGCUGAUUCAGGACGAGAACGUGCGCGGGGUGAUCACCAUGAACGAGGAGUACGAGACGCGGUUUCUGUGCAACUCCUCGAAGGAGUGGAAAAAAGUAGGUGUUGAGCAGCUGCGGCUCAGCACAGUCGACAUGACCGGAAUCCCAACCUUGAAUAACCUCCACAAAGGAGUCCAGUUUGCUCUCAAGUACCAAUCGCAGGGUCAGAGUGUCUACGUGCAUUGUAAAGCUGGGCGCUCUAGGAGUGCCACUAUGGUAGCAGCAUAUCUUAUUCAGGUGAACAAAUGGAGUCCAGAGGAGGCUGUAAAAGCUAUCAGCAAGAUCCGGUCCCACAUCCACAUCAGACAUGGCCAGAUGGAAGUUCUCAAAGAGUUCCACAAGGAGAUUACUGCAAAGGCAGCAAAGGAGGAGACUUAUCACACAUCACAGACAUGAAGCACAUGGAAAGAAAGAAGACAACCCCGCUCGCUACAGAAAAAGUUUAACAGGACCACGGGAACUUAAACUCAGACUUAACAGAAGUAUGCUAAGUAAUGGAUAGUCGCCCUCCCUUUGUCGUUUCAUUUUUCUGAAAUAACACUGUUUAUGGCUAGAAAGGUUUAGCAUGGCUUCACUUCAUGGGGUAUGAAGAUAAGAGGCAGGGAUGGACACUUAGUGAAUAGGGUCAAAGAAAUCUAUCGCACACUUAAUAUGGUAUGUAAUGGUGUUUAGCACCGUAAUUCAAAAGCAUUCAACACCAGGAAAAGAGGGGACAUGCUGGGCUUUGGCUCCUUACCACUGCCAGCGCCCCAACUCAGCGGUGCCCUCCUUUCCAGCUCUCAUUUUUGAUCUCUCAGCAGUGAUCCCCUAUGUGGAAACGUAUGGGAUUCAAUCGGU